CAGGGGGGAGAGAAGCCAUAUUCUUGUCCUGAGUGUGGGAAAUGUUUUUCAGUGAAGUCCAGUCUUUACAGACAUCAGAGAUCUCACACGGGCGAGAAGCCAUAUUCCUGUUCUGAGUGUGGGAAAUGUUUUUCACAGAAGUCUCAUCUUUACACACAUCAGAGAUCUCACACAGGGGAGAAUGCAUAUUCCUGUUCUGAGUGUGGGAAAUGUUUUACAAGGAAGUCCAAUCUUUACAUACACCAGAGAUCUCACACGGGGGAGAAGCCAGUUUCCUGUUCUGAGUGUGGAAAAAGUUUUUCAGAGAUGUCCGGUCUUCAUAAACAUCAGAGAUCUCACACUGGGGAGAAGCCGUAUUCUUGUCCUGAUUGCGGAAAAUGUUUUUCACAGAAGUUCAGUCUUCAUCAACAUCAGAGAUCUCACACGGGGGAGAAGCCGUAUUCCUGUCCUGAGUGCGGGAAAUGUUUUUCAGACAAGUCCAAUCUUUCCAGACAUCAGAGAUCUCACACAGGAGAGAAGCCGUAUUCCUGUCCUGUCCUGAGUGCGGAAAUGUUUUUCAUGGAAGUCCAGUUUUUACACACAUCAGAGAUCUCACAUGGAGAAGAAGCCACUUUCCUGUCCUGA